AUGACUUUAAUUCAGGAACCAAAGGUCAAGUCUUUCGAGACGCGCCUAUUCAUCAAUGGCAAGUUCGUGGAAUCAUCGGAUGGGCGGAAAUUCGACCUAUCUUCACCGGCGACAGGUGAAAAGUUUGCAGAAGUGUCGGAAGCAAGCGAAGAUGAUGCAAACGCAGCAGUUGCUGCCGCUAAGGCUGCUUUCCCUGCAUGGUCAGCCCUUUCUCCCGCCGAGAGAGGUGUCUACUUCAAGAAGCUGGCUUCAUUGAUCAUUGAAUCCCACAAUGAGCUUGCUGAACUGGAAGCCAUGUCGAUGGGCCGUCCUGUGUCAAUUUACUUUGAGUCGUACGCGGCCGCUGAAACAUUGAAUCAUUAUGCGGAGAGCGGUUAUCAGGCUCUCGGGACGUCUAGCUUGAACACUCCUGGCUUUGUGAAUAUGACGAUGCGCCAACCGUAUGGCGUUGUCGCUGCCAUUAUCCCUUGGAACGUCCCCAUUUUGUUCUUGAUCGGCAAGGCUGCACCUGCAUUGAUCACGGGCAACACCGUGGUUAUCAAGAGCAGUGAGAAGGCUCCAUUGACGUGUGCCAAAAUUGCUACUCUUGUGGAGAAAGCCGGCUUCCCCCCUGGUGUCAUCAACAUCAUUUCGGGCCAUGGCCAGAUCUCCGGCAACGUCCUGUCCCAUCACAUGGAUGUGCGCGUCAUCAGCUUCACGGGUUCAGGAAGAACUGGUCGCAUCAUCCAAGCCGCAGCAGCCAAAUCGAAUCUGAAGAAUGUGAUUCUCGAGCUGGGAGGCAAAUCCCCAGCCGUGAUCUUCCCAGAUGCCGACAUUCAGAAGGCAGUGGAGGAAACGAAACACAGUAUCCAGUGGAACAGUGGACAAGUCUGCAUGGCAAACUCCCGAAUCUACGUCCACGAGUCCGUCGCCUCCACGUUCAUCGAUCUAUUCCAGAAGAGCUUCGCCAAGAUCAAGAGUGGGGAUCCUCUUCUUCCCGACACAAACCACGGGCCACAGGCAGACCAAAUUCAGUUCAAACAGAUUCAAGCUUAUAUCGAAGAAGGAAAGAAGGUGGGCAAACUUUCCAUGGGAGGCGAGCUUUCCGAUAGCACGAAUGGCUUCUUCGUUCCACCGACAGUGUUCCUCGAAACGCCAGAGACCGAACGAGUGAUGAAGGAAGAGAUUUUCGGACCUGUGGUUCAUAUUAACACUUUCCGUGACGAGGACGAAGUUGUUGCCAAGGCUAAUGAUACCGAGUUUGGUCUCUACGCAGCGGUUUAUACCAAGGAUAUCAACCGGGCUCUCAGAAUGGCGAAGAAGCUCGAGGCCGGGAAUGUUGGUGUUAACUGUACUAGUCCCACUGUUGCAAAAGAUCUGCCAUUUGGUGGAUACAAAGCUAGUGGACUUGGAAGAGAGGGUUGGACUGUCAGCAUUGACAAUUUCCUGGAGACGAAGACCGUUCUUAUUAGAGUUGAGGAUGCCUAG